UAAAAAGAUAGUACUCUGUACAGAAAGUUGGUACAGUGUACUAUCUUUUUAUGGGAUCAGAAAGUACAAGAGCAGAGUUUGUGGAGACAAGCUAUUUGAUUUAUCGACGUAUUUUUAUCUGUUUUUUUUAUCAUGUUCAUUGACUUUCAUGAUAAAUUAAAAGGGAAUGUUAGAUAUAAAACAGUCUGCAAAUAAAGUAUGUCAAAUUCUUCAGCGUUUUGUGUUGAAAGUCACACACGUAGAAAUGAAACUGAUAACUUUUAUGUACUUGAAACAAACAUUAAUAAUAUACGCAGGUUUAUUAGCUUGAAAACGCUGGGACGCAUUAUUUUGAAGUAGGAAUGGAUAUAUUGUAAAAACUAUACAAUCAUAAUGGAUUUUCUAGAAGAAUUUCGUUAUACAGAUGUACCAUUCAAAGAUAUUUCCUUAAUUGUAAGGAAGAAGUAUAACAUAUACAAAAGCCCAAACGCAAUAAGUAAAAUAUGGAGAAGAAAGGGAUUUCCGAAACGUAAAGGGCCAACGAUACAUUCAAGGAUGGAAAUCAAAACAGGAAUGAGACUUUUGAUUAAGGAUCUUCCGCACACAGUCGGUUAUAGAAAUAUGACUAGUAUUUUGAGACAGAAAGGUGUUCAUGUCAGAAGGGACAUGGUCAUGGAAUUGAUGAGAGAAAUAGAUGCUUAUGGCGUUCAAAACAGACGACGCAGAAGAAUAAACAGAAAAGUUUACAGAUCAAUGGGACCGAAUCAUGCAUGGCAUAUUGAUGGCUACGAUAAACUGAAACCUUACGGUUUUUCAAUACAUGGCUGUAUUGAUGGAUAUUCUCGUAAAAUUAUAUGGUUGAGAGUUGGACCUACCAAUAGUGACUCCAAAGUUGUAGCUUAUUAUUAUGUAAGGAGUAUAAUGGAAUAUAAUGGCGUACCAUUGGUGUUACAGUCAGACCCUGGAACAGAAAAUGUGUUGAUAGGAGCAUUACAGUGCACUUUACGUCAUGAAGCAGAUGACUACUUUGCAGGAAUUAAGAGCUUCAGGGUUGUGAGGUCUAAAUUUAAUCAGAGAAUUGAAGCUUGGUGGAGCAUGUUUAGAAGACAGUCCAGCGAGUGGUGGAUUAAUUUUUUCAAGGACCUAGUUUCAUUUGGAGAAUUCAAUCGAGACAAUGUCGUUGAUAUCCAGUGUUUACGAUACUGCUUCAUGCCAGUUGUGCAACAAGAAUUAAAUCUUCUGGUUGAAAGAUGGAAUAACCACCAUAUUUCGGCAAAUAGAAAUGCAGCAUGUCCAAAUGGAAGACCCAACACUCUUCAUAUUGCUCCAGAAGAUUCGGGAGGAACUGACUGUCUUCAGCCUGUUGAAGAAAUUGAUAUAGAUUUUGCAUUGCACUUAUGCAAAGUAUCAACCAUAUCUGGAUCUUUAGAAUUCGACCAAAGAGCAGCUGACCUAUACCAAAAUUUGGCAUGGAAAGAAGCAGAGAGAUGGGAAGAUGCGUUAAAAAAGUACUUUUAUCUCAGAGAAAAAAUGUUAAUAAAUGCCUAAAUUGUUUGUUUGAA